GUGCCUUAGUUCUUAAUGUCUCCAUUUGCCACCGCCACAUAAUAUUUACUUUUCGAGUUCCAUCUAAGUGGCUAAAAUGGCAUUGAUGCGUCUUAAACUGAAGUUCACACUAAAUAUUGGUUUAAUAACCGAUCGGAGUUAAAUAAAUUUUUUAAUUUAGUUUAAUUAAAUACUGAAGGAUUUAAGCUGCAGCUCACAUAAGCUACCAUUGGCUACCAAAAAACCGGCUCCAAUGCGAAAAACGCUAUUACUUAAUUGCGCUGCAAAUAUACAAAUAGAAAUCAUUGAAAACUAUGUUAGCUACUCUUUGGAUCAUAUUACUGAGUAGCACCUUCGGUAAAUGCCUCGACAAUGGGCUUGCCAAAACUCCUCCAAUGGGUUGGCUUUCCUGGGAGAGAUUUCGUUGCAACACGGAUUGCGUGAACGAUCCAGAUAAUUGCAUUAGUGAACAACUAUUUCAAACCAUGACUGAUAUUGUUGUGGCGGAUGGAUAUGCAUCUGUGGGCUAUGAAUACAUAAAUAUCGACGAUUGCUGGUUGGAAAAACAUCGCAGUCACGAUGGAAAAUUGGUAGCUGAUCGCAAACGUUUUCCGAACGGCAUUAAAGCUUUGUCUGAUUAUAUUCACUCGAGAGGCCUCAAGUUUGGAAUUUACGAGGACUACGGCAACUACACCUGCGCCGGAUAUCCGGGCAUUAUUGGUUAUGAGGAGAAGGAUGCCCUUCAAUUCGCGGACUGGAAUGUGGACUACGUGAAGCUAGAUGGUUGCUAUGCUCUGCCCUACGAUAUGGAUCAUGGCUACUCCACUUUCGGUCGACUUCUGAACAGCACGGGCAAAUCGAUGGUGUAUUCCUGCAGCUGGCCAGUUUAUCAGAUUUAUGCGGGAAUACAGCCAAACUACUCGGCCAUCCAAACGCACUGCAACCUGUGGAGGAACUAUGACGACAUCCAGGACUCGUGGGCAUCCGUGGAGAAUAUAAUCGAUUAUUAUGGCAACAACCAGGACGUAAUAGCGCCCAACGCAGGUCCUGGUCAUUGGAACGAUCCAGAUAUGUUGAUUAUCGGAAAUUUCGGACUGAGUUACGAGCAAGCUAAAACCCAAUUCGCAAUUUGGUCAAUUUUGGCCGCUCCACUUUUGAUGUCGGUUGAUUUGAGAACGAUUCGUCCGCAGUUUAAACACAUUCUACAGAAUCGAAAGAUAAUCGCCGUGGAUCAAGAUCCGCUUGGAAUACAGGGAAGAAGGAUUUAUAAACACAAGGGCAUUGAGAUCUGGUCAAGACCGAUUGGACCGCUCUAUCAAAACUUUUACUCCUACGCAAUUGCCUUUGUGAAUAGAAGAACUGAUGGAACUCCAUCGGAUAUUUCGGUUACUUUGAAAGAAUUGGGCUUGAUUAACUUUUCUGGCUACAGAGUGGAGGACCUUUACGAAAAUGUUGACUAUGGAGUUUUAUAUCCCAACACCAAAAUCAAAGUGAAGGUAAAUCCUUCGGGCGUGGUUAUGCUAAAAGGAGAAGUUCAGUACCCAGUUGACUUGUAAAUGCAAUAUGUUUGUUGAGAUCGCCUAUGAUAAUAUUAUUUGAUAUUAAUUUAACCAUAACUUGAAUUCAACCCUUUCUGCGUUAGCGACUGACAAUUUAAUAAAAUAUUCUCUAGUGUAUAGGUUCAACAUUAAAUACUCACACAAUUUAUAAUGAAUAUUAUUUCUAAGCCUCUACAAGCCAAUGUUUAGGUUUACAUAUAUAUCUAAUAAAAGUAAUCAAAUU